AUGGGUCAGAUUCUGUCGAACCCGAUUAUCGACAAGGAGAUAGAGAGUGGGACUGAUGUAUUGACCGCGUUUGGGCUUUGUGCCAUGCAAGGAUGGCGUAUGUCGAUGGAAGACGCACAUGUGUGUGCAACAGAUGUGGGGUCUGAAAAUAGCAAACACAGCCAUGUGGCGUACUAUGCGGUUUUUGACGGUCACGGCGGGUCUUCAGUGGCACAAUUCUGCGGUGUGAAGGCUGCCAAGGUGCUGCAAUCGCAGGCUUCGUUCCAGCAGGGCAAUUAUGCACAGUCCUUAAUAGACGCGUUUAUCGCGUCAGACCGGGAGAUUUUGCGUGACCCGCUGCUCAGAAACGAUCACAGUGGAUGUACGGCCACAACAAUGCUGGUCUCUAAGGAACAACAACGGCUGUUUUGCGGUAAUGCCGGUGACAGCCGAACGGUGUUGUCACGUAAUGCAAUUGCCAAAGCACUUUCGUACGAUCACAAACCCACACUAGUGAGUGAAAAAUCAAGAAUCGUGGCCGCAGACGGGUUUGUGGAAAUGGACCGUGUAAACGGGAACUUGGCCCUCAGCCGUGCCAUUGGUGAUUUCGAAUUCAAGUCGAACCCAAGUUUACCACCACAUGCCCAGAUUGUCACGUGUGUCCCCGAUGUGGUUGAGCAUUCCAUAGACUACGAUCAAGACGAGUUUGUCAUUCUGGCGUGUGACGGUAUUUGGGAUUGUUUGUCGUCGCAAGAAUGUGUGGACUUGAUCCAUUACGGAAUUAACCGUGGCGAUAUGAACUUGGAACAAAUUUCGUCGCGUAUCGUUGAUGUGUGUUGCUCGCCGACGACAGAGGGUACUGGUAUUGGUUGCGAUAAUAUGAGUAUUGUUAUCGUAGCCUUGUUGAAAGAUGGAGAAACUGUCGAGCAAUGGUUCUCCAGGAUCAGAAACAAAAAGCACGUAGCCAACGUUUCUUUCGAGGAAAGAAGACGCGUCGUAUUCUCCUUUUACGAUUUCCCAAAGAAUGAUGCUGAAGUUUUCGCAGUCUCUACAAAGAAAACAGACGAACAUGGCAACAGCUAUACUACCAAUGAUGACGAAGACACUGAGAUGGAUCGUAACGAGCCACCAUCGGGCCGUUCUCAAAUGGAUAUGUUCUCGUUGGAAACAUUAUUGGGUGCUAACGGCAUUCAGGUAUCACAAGGCGGUAACAACGUCUCUUAUAUCCAUGGAUCUGCACUUUCUGAGGUUCUAGCAUCGCUUGGAGGCGGUGGUGGAGUCAGUCAAGCCAUUGAUGAAGAAAAUGAUUCUGACGGUAAAAGGGAAAAACUUGAAGAGGUCAAGGACUAA